AGUGCACGAAUAAAUCGUCGUUAUUAAUACAUCAAUUACACUCUCGCCUUCAGAAAGAAUUAGUUCGAUACAAAAGAAAAUGGAAACUUUAGAAUCAAUUUUAAAUUGCCCUGUUUGUUUGGAGUUGCCAAUUAAAAUAGUUGUUUGCAGAAGGGGCCAUAGUGUUUGUGAAAACUGUAGCUCGAAGAUGGACAAUUGUCCGAUAUGUCGAGGCCUUAAAAGUUCCAUAAGAAAUUCCGCUAUAGAAAAAAUAGUGCCGUUUGCUUUGGCAUGUGAUCAAAAUACUGCAAGUAUAGAUCUUUCUUGUAAAGUGUGCAAGUCGCCCUUAUCAGGACACAUCUUUAUCCGCGAUGAUGGCUUUAACUACUGUUCGAUAUGUUUUUUGCCGAUCCCCGUGAGGAAUUAUUUGGCCGAAGCUGUCGUUGAAAAGUUGAGGGAAAUGAAAAGCAACCCGACAUCACAACCGAAACCCAUACAAGAUAAUUCGAAAAAAUUUGAAUGCCCCUUUGGCAAAUGCGAGCACAAACUUGACAGUUUACUCGCAUGCACUGUGCACAUGCAACAGGCACACUCGAUAAUAAUGAAAACAAUUCCGAAACACCAAUUCUAUACGCUGAAGCUGAAGGACAAGGACCAAAGCGGCGAAAAUUUCGUAAUUUUUGAUGAAAUGAUUUUUACUGUGCAUUACAAGCUUGACAAAAAAAACAAAAGGAUCUUUAUAAAUCCAGUGCCCCUUUUACCGGAAGGCCGGAAUUUUAAAAUAAUCGUUAAUCAUGGUUCUUUGAUGAGGUGUAAUACAAGACCAAUGGCCAAAAAUGGUUUAAUUAUUAAGACUAAUGAAACUUAUGACAAUUUUAGACGUAUACAUAACAUUUCUGUGUUCUUUUUUUCUUAGAUUAUAUUUUUUGUACCUUUAUUUUAUUUUUACUAUUUAAUUACCUACUAUUGUUUUUAACUAUUAUUCAAUGAUGUAAUUGUAGAUCAAUCAUUAUAAUGUUUAAACUUUUUAAAAUAAACUUUUUAAUUAA